UAAAAAUGUAAAUCUUUUCCUAAGAAAUGGAUAGAUGUUUAGAUCUAGUAAUUGAGUUUUGUAAUUAACUACAAUUAGGUAACUAACUAAUUAUAUGCUUUAAUUUCAGGUCAUCCAAGUAACAAUGUUUAUUAUUUGUUUCGGAAUGCUUCAAUCUAUAAUAACUGAAAUUUUAUUUCAGUUCUCUUAAUUUUUAAUAAAGUUAUGGCCAUUUGACUGUCCUUGAACACAGCUUUUGUGUUCAGUCAAUGGAAAAGCAAUAGGGAACAAGAUGCUAAUUUCCGAGUAUGAAAAUGGCCAUAACAUUUUUAAUACUGAAGAUAUGAAAGUGAAUUAGGUGUCAAAUUAAACUUCUUUUUAUGCUUUAUCUGGGAUAAAUUGCACACUUGAUUUUUAAAAUCUCAAAAUGUUGUAACAUUGCUACUUUCGUUCCAGAUUCCUGGGAUAUAUUGGGAUCGGGUGAUCACAUUGCGUCCCACGUCUGCUAAUGCAGGGAGAGCACUGACAGCUUUGCAUCUGUAUUUUGGAAACCGGUUGGACAGGCCGGGCAGUUGCGGGAUUGCUCAACUGAAUUCCGAUUCGGGAAUGUGGGCCGAUUCGGGCCAUCUGCCCAGUGACAGACAGGGAAGUGCUUCACCACGGCGGCGCUGGCUGUCUUUCCGGAUCCGUGCGGCGGUGAAUUCAGAAGCACAGGAGAGGGGUGAAGCCCGGGAACGUGUGCGUGCUGUGUCUACAGAGUAAGGGAGAUGUGUGGAAGGCUGUCCUCCUUCGUGGAGAUCGCCGUGGCUCUCCACCAGGUCGCGGGGGCUUUCUUCGACACCACGCUACUGAUGGUGACUCAGGAGCGCUGUAAUUCCACGGCGGCCGGCAGCCAGGUCAAGCGGCAAGCCUGCGUCUCUCGGUUUUACUUGUACAACAACCUGCUGCUGGGAAUCACCCCUCUGGUCUUCACCUUCAUUCUGGCCAGGCUGGGAGAUCAGAAAUCCAGGAAGAUAACCAUCUGCGUGCCCCUUCUGGGCUACCUGGUCUCCAGGUCUCUACUGCUCUGGAUGAUCCUGUUCCAGCUGCCCUUGGAGGCGAUGUUUGCCACUGCACUGCUCAAUGGCUUCAGCGGGGGCUUCGCCUCUUUCUGGACUGGAGUGAUGGCCUUCGCCUCAGACACCUCCUCAGUGGAAGAGAGGUCGGCCCGCCUCAUUAGGAUCGAACUGACCUUCGGCUUAGCAGGCAUGAUAGGAAGCGUCGCUUCUGGACACAUCUUCGUUCACUUCACUCUCUCCCGUUACCAGGGGGCAGUCCUGGCCGCCUCCAGCUGCUGCCUCUAUGCGCUGAGCUUGCUCUACUGCACCCUGGUCUUGAAAGUGCCGCCCAAACAAACGGCGAGAACACCUCUGGAGAGCGACAGGCUGCUGGCCCAAGCCGGGCAGGACCACGUCGCUGAAGCUGCUGCCGGGGUCGAGGCCGAGCAACAAAACAGUGCCGAGGAUGGAAGUCAAAGUGCAACAGUAAGGCUACUGGCAGGCACGGCCAGCGCCCAGGAUGAACGUAGCGGCUGCAAGCCACUGAGUAACAUCACGGUCGUCCUGCUGUUUGCAGGCGGGGUUUUAUAUGAUCUAAGUGUGGCGGGCGGAGUGGACGUGAUCCCCAUGUUUAUGCUGAAAGCCCCGCUGAAGUGGAAUGCCGUCUGGGUUGGCUACGGCAAUGCAGCGGGAUACACCAUCUUCCUCACCAGCUUCCUAGGAGUCAAAGUCCUUUCCAGAUAUUUGAAGGACACUUCCUUGAUAGUGAUCGGGAUGGUGUCAUUUUCCAGCGGGAUGCUGAUCAUGGCCUAUGUAAAGUGGACUUCCUUAUUUUUCAUUGCUCGAGCAGUGAUGAUGUUUGCCCUUAUUCCUCUGCCAAUGAUACGGUCAGUGAUCUCAAAGCAGAUAAGUGACACUUCAUAUGGGAAAGUGCUUGGCCUACUUCAGAUUUUCCUGACGUUGACUGGAGUCAUUGCUUCAACAAUCUUCCUGAAGAUUUACAUGUUGACAGAAGACUGGUACCCAAGCCUUUGCUUCAGCAUGUCUUCUGUCAUUAGUUGCUUAAGUAUCAUUCCCAUAAUCAUUGUAGAACGCAGAUUAUCUGAACCAUCAAGAUACUCCAGAAGAUUGAUGUAAAAUCCAGAGUUGGUACAGUGAAGAGCUUUGGUUGCAUGCCCAAAUACAAUCAAGCCAUACACAAUUACAACAGGUAGUGCAGAGAAAAAUACCAGGUUGCAGGAUAGAGUUUUACAAUAGCAUUGCAGGUAGAGAAAAAGUUCAGCGUCCAGACAGAGGUAGGUUGAAAGAGCAGGACUACCCCCCCAACCCAAGGCAGGACUGUUAAGUACUCUGAUAACAGAGGGGAAGAAGCUGUUUCCAAGUUCAGUGAAACAUGCUUUCAAGCUUUUGUAUUUUCUGCCCAACAGGAGAGGGAAGAAGAGAGAAUGGCAAGAGUGAAAAGGUCAAAUGAUGUAGGCUGCUUUCCAAAAGCAGCAUGGAGUGGAGAUGGAGCCAAUGGCAAGAAGUUAGGUCUGAAUGAUGGACUAGGCUACAGCUGUAACCCUGCAAUUUCUUGUGAUUUUGGGCAGAGUAGUUCCAAACCACGCUGUCUUGCAACCUGAUAGUAUGCUUCUUACAGUGCAUACGCAGAAGUUGGUAACAGUUGUUGGAGAUAUGCUGAACUCCCUUGAUCUCAGUAAGUAGGGGGCAUUUGUGCACUUUUUUGGCUGUAACUACAAUGUGGCUGGACCUGAAGAGUGUUGAUAUUUACACCUACGAAUUAAAAGCCCUCAACCAUUUCUACUUUGGCUACCAGUGCAGAUUGGGACAUGUAUUUUACCAUGCUUCCUGAUGUCCUUAAGUAGCUCCUUCAUCUUGCUGACAUUGAGAAAAAGGUAAUCAUCUAGUUACUAUUUUACUCAGCCAAAUCUCCUUCCUUUAGUGGAUGUCAUUGUUUGAGAUCCAGCCCACCACAGUGGUGUCAUGCACAAACUUGUACAUGGAGUUAGAGCAGAAUUUGGUUGCACAUCAUGAAUGUAUGAGUAUGGCAAGGGAUUGAGAAUGCAUCCUUGCCGGGCAUCAGUAUUGAGAAUUAUUGUGGAGAAUGUUUCGUGGCCUAUCAUAGACUCUGGUUCAUAGGUCAGAAAAUCAAGAAUCUAGUGGAAGGAGGUGCUGACUCCUAGGUUCAAGUGUUUGGAUGGGAUUAUGAUAUUGAAGACAGAUCUGUAGUCUGAUGGUAUUAAUGUGGAGUUAAAACAGUGUUCUAAACUAUUUAAAGAAUCACUGUUGGUUUGUCCAAUGCCUGCCAUUAACUAUCACUUCUUUCUAAUUACAACCCCAAUUUCAACAUCCAGUAUCUUCAUGAUAUCAAAAGGAAUCCCCCAUGUUGCUAAUAACACUUGAGACUGGUUUCCAACCUGUCCACAAUACAGGGACCAUAUUAAAAAGAGAUUGCAUGAGCCCAUAAUUCGACUAUUUUUGACAAGUAUAUUCACACCAUCUCCUUCUGUUAUGCACCUUAGGUAGAUAGUUCUUAAGUGGUUAUAGUCCUACUCCUACACCCAGCUAGAUUUUUCCCGUGGAUCCAUUCAUUCUCUCCCGUGUUCUCCACAGAGAUAAAAGGGAGUGUGAAAACGGUCAUCAGUUAUUGAGAUGGUUUAUCAACAGAAUUUGGGAAAAUAAAAAGGCAUAGUUCUUCAACCUUGUGAGCUUAUAUCUCAAAUCUUAAUUAUAAUUACUUGCACAUUUUGCUGUACCCUACGGUUACAAAACACUACCAGUAAUUAAGAGACAAGAGACUGCUCCAGAUUUCAGCACCUGCAAGAAACAAAGAGCUGGAGGGACUCAGCAGGCCGGGCAACAUUGUGAAGGUAAUUAGAUCGUCGACUCCAGAUGAAGGAUCAUGUCCCAAAAUGUCGACUGUCCAUUACCCUCUAAAUGCUGCUUGAUUCAGAGUUGCUUCAACAAUUUAUUUUUUUCAUUGGUACUUUGGCAAAGGUUCAGAACAAACUGUCUGCCAUAGACUAAAAAUUCAGACAUGCCAAAAGCCCACCUCAAGUACCCCUCAAUUUAAGUAAGACCCAUUUACCCAUUCCAUCAUCCUUGAAACAGGCACUCUUAAUUAAUUUGGAAGGCAAAACAGCUCUUCUCCCAACUCAAACCAGGCCAAAUUUACUUUUAAAUCACAUUGGAUAGUCCUCCAUAUUAACACAAAGAUUAAAGUCGAAUGUUGAUAAAACAAAGAAUAGGAAUAACCCAUUUAGCAUCUCUUACAAUCCAAUUAUGACUGAACUAUAGGAAAUUAAGACUAAUUUUCAGGAAUUAAAUGUAUGCAUCAUUGCCGAUGAAGAUUCAUCUACUUAAUUUUGGAACAGGACAACAUUGCAUGUGGAGAAUGAUACAUCUGCAAUAUUUGGCAACAGGAAUAGCAACAGAGAAGUUAAAUUAUUGGACACUAAUUCAGAGGUCUGAAUUAAUUAAUGACCCGAUGAAAGUUCAAAUACAACUAUUUGCAUGUUAGGAAAUUAAAAACUAGGCAUUAAAAAUCAGAAGAGCUCUUACUAGGAAUGGUGAUGAUAAAACUAUUGGAUUGCUAUACAAACCCAUCCAAUAUCCUUCAAGAAAGAAAAUCUACCACCCAUGAUCAGUUAUGCGAGGUACAAUGCCAGACCCACAAUGCUGAAAGAAAACCUUCAGCUGCCUACCUUAAUAAGGUAGCGAAUGUCAUGGAUGUGCAAUUAAUUAGAGUCCGCACCAGUAGUGCCUCAUUUUAUGUGAUUAAGACAUGACACUUCAAAUCUUGAAUUAAAUCAGAAAACCAUACCAUGUUGCUUUUAAAUACAUUAAAUUUUAUUAGUCAAAUCAUUUAAAGUCAAUUGAGGUAAAGAAAUGCAAUAUCAAAACUGUACGAUCACUAUAGUUUAACUUUAGUCACAAUGAAAAAGUUCAUACAGUACACUUUUCCACACAAAUUCCACUGUCAACCAAUGUAUGCAGAGGAUCAAAUGACCUCUGAUGCAAAACAGGUAGAGUGUAUUCAGCCAAGCCUCUAUGUGUUAAAAGCUUUUCAUUGCAGAUGAUCACGCACCAACACCUGGAGCAGCCAGACGGUGUGAAUGAUCUGUACAGAUUCCAAAUUUACAUUAAAACUAAAUUAUCAAUUACAAAAGGUGACAGUAUUUUGCAAUUCUGAACUGCCAAUCCUUCAUACAAGAGAAACAUUUAGAAAGGAGUGCCAAAAGCAUAUUAUUGCAUUUGACAUUUACAGAUGUAAAAAAUGUAUUUUGUAGUCAUUACCUCCGCAAUGUAAAUAAAGCCUGUUUUAGGAUCAUAAAUCACUCGCAUUUCUAUUAGUCUCUGGAAAACGUUUUGCCAGAUUUUCAAUGAUUCCUUUAACCAUUAAGCACAUUAUUUUGGUUUUUCCUUGUGUCUAAUAUACUGUUGCCUUAUGCUGUGAGCAGCCAGACUGAGUAGGAAUUAAUAACACACGUGAAAAGAUAGCAGUCAGCCAGUGCCAACUCAUAAGCAACACAAACAAGCAAAAAAAGGAAAAACCCCACCCUGCUGUACCACCCAAGAGGUUCUUGGUUCCGGGGUUAUGUCCGUGCCCGGGUGGUGUUAGUGAGGGACAACGCACUGUCCCUGGGCACAUCGAGGGAUUUCCAGGACCGCUGGUGGUUGAAUGCAUCCUUGACAAGGAGUAUAAGAUAGUUGUAUAAUAGUUUAUUGUUUGUUGUGUAUUAUGGUGGUGUGUUCUGCUUUGUUUUUUAUUGUACUGUAUAUAUUUUAAUAUUUGAAUAAAUAUUUUUGAUUAAUAAAAAAAA